CGGGGGAACCGCCUCGAGGCGGGAGGCGCGGCGGCCGAGGCGUGUCUGCACUGGUCGGCUGAACGAGGCGGACCAUGACUGUGCCUUCGGUGGCGUCUCUCGCCGGACCGUUCUUCCCGAGGUUUCUCUAAGCCAUUCCCUGGUGGAACCGCUUCCAGAUUUUGUCCACAAGUGCUUGUGGAAAAGAUGGCUGAUAUUAACCUAAAAGAAGUAACCUUAAUAAUAGGUGUAGUUGCUGCUUGCUAUUGGAACAGCCUCUUUUGUGGUUUUGUUUUUGAUGAUGUGUCAGCAAUACUGGAUAAUAAAGACCUGCAUCCAUCUACACCUUUAAAAACUUUAUUUCAGAAUGAUUUCUGGGGAACCCCUAUGUCUGAAGAGAGAAGCCACAAGUCUUACCGUCCCUUAACAGUAUUGACGUUUCGCUUAAAUUAUUUGUUUAGUGAACUGAAACCUAUGUCAUAUCAUCUCCUAAAUAUGAUUUUUCAUGCUGUGGUUAGUGUGAUAUUUCUUAAAGUCUGCAAACUCUUUCUGGAUAACCGGAGUAGUGUGAUUGCUUCUUUACUUUUUGCAGUGCACCCAAUACACACAGAAGCAGUAACAGGUGUUGUAGGAAGAGCAGAACUUUUGUCAUCUAUCUUUUUUCUAGCUGCAUUUUUGUCAUAUACCAAAUCAAAAGGACCAGAUAAUUCCAUAGUGUGGACUCCUAUCGCGUUGACAGUGUUUUUAGUGGCUGUUGCAACACUGUGUAAAGAGCAGGGAAUAACAGUUGUGGGAAUUUGCUGUGUGUAUGAAGUAUUUAUUGCCCAGGGGUAUACUUUGCCAUUAUUAUGUACUACUGCUGGACAGUUUCUUCGCGGAAAGGGUAGUAUUCCAUUUUCUAUGCUGCAGACACUAAUAAAACUCAUUGUUUUGAUGUUCAGUACACUAUUACUUGUUGUGAUUAGAGUCCAGGUUAUUCAAUCCCAACUUCCAGUAUUCACCAGGUUUGAUAACCCAGCUGCUGUAAGCCCAACUCCUACAAGGCAGCUAACUUUUAACUACCUCCUUCCUGUGAAUGCUUGGCUUUUGUUAAAUCCUUCAGAGCUCUGCUGCGAUUGGACCAUGGGAACAAUACCACUUAUAGAGUCAUUUCUAGAUAUUCGAAAUCUUGCCACAUUUAUUUUUUUUUGCUUUUUGGGGGCUUUGGGAGUAUUCAGUCUCAGAUACCCUGGUAAUUCCUCCAAGACUGUUUUAAUGGCACUUUGUUUAAUGGCAUUACCGUUUAUUCCUGCAUCAAACCUUUUUUUCCCAGUUGGAUUUGUUGUUGCUGAGAGAGUAUUAUAUGUUCCUAGCAUGGGGUUCUGUAUUUUGGUAGCCCAUGGAUGGCAGAAAAUAUCAAACAAAAGUGUAUUAAAAAAGUUAUCCUGGGUUUGUCUGUCUAUGGUGAUACUCACUCAUGCCUUAAAAACACUCCAUAGAAAUUGGGAUUGGGAGUCUGAAUAUACGCUGUUUAUGUCAGCCUUGAAGGUAAAUAAAAAUAAUGCCAAAUUAUGGAAUAAUGUGGGUCAUGCUCUGGAAAAUGAAAAGAACUUUGAGAGAGCUUUGAAAUACUUCUUACAGGCUACCCAUGUUCAGCCAGAUGAUAUUGGUGCCCACAUGAAUGUAGGAAGAACUUAUAAAAAUUUAAAUAGAACCAAAGCAGCUGAAGAAUCUUAUAUGACAGCUAAGUCGCUGAUGCCUCAAAUUAUUCCUGGUAAAAAAUAUGCAGCCAGAAUUGCACCUAACCACUUAAAUGUUUACAUUAAUCUGGCCAACCUGAUACGAGCAAAUGAGUCCCGACUGGAAGAAGCGGAUCAGCUGUACCGACAAGCAAUAAGCAUGAGACCCGACUUCAAGCAGGCUUACAUUAGCAGAGGAGAAUUGCUUUUAAAAAUGAAUAAACCUGUCAAAGCAAAAGAAGCAUAUCUUAAAGCACUAGAGCUGGACAAAAACAAUGCAGAUCUUUGGUACAACUUGGCGAUUGUUCAUAUUGAACUUAAAGAACCAAAUGAAGCCCUAAAAAACUUUAAUCAUGCUUUAGAACUAAAUCCAAAGCAUAAGCUAGCGUUAUUCAAUUCUGCUAUAUUAAUGCAAGAAUCAGGUGAGGUUAAACUCAGACCUGAAGCUAGAAAACGACUUCUAAGCUAUGUAAAUGAGGAGCCACUAGAUGCUAAUGGUUAUUUCAAUCUGGGAAUGCUUGCCAUGGAUGACAAAAAGGACACUGAAGCAGAGAUGUGGAUGAAGAAAGCCAUAAAAUUACAAGCCGAUUUCAGAAGUGCUCUGUUUAAUCUGGCUCUCCUGUAUUCUCAGACUGCAAAGGAAUUAAUGGCUUUGCCAAUCUUGGAAGAGUUACUCAGAUACUAUCCUGAUCAUAUCAAAGGUCUCAUUUUAAAAGGAGACAUUCUGAUGAAUCAAAAGAAAGAUAUACUUGGAGCAAAAAAAUGUUUUGAGAAGAUUUUGGAGAUGGAUCCAAGCAAUGUGCAAGGAAAACACAAUCUUUGUGUUGUUUAUUUUGAAGAGAAGGACUUAUUAAAAGCUGAAAGAUGCCUGGUUGAAACAUUGGCAUUAGCACCACAUGAAGAAUAUAUUCAACGCCAUUUGAAUAUAGUCAGGGAUAAAAUUUCUUCAUCUAGUUUUGUAGAACAGCCAGUAUUCCCAGCUGGGAAGACUUCAGGUAUAGAAGGAGACAAAAUUCCAACUGAAAAUGAAAAAGAAAUCAAAAGUAAACCCAGACCUAUACAGAUAAUAAAAACAAGUGAUAAUAAAAGUCAGUCGAAAUCCAACAAACAGUUAGGAAAAAAUACAGACAAAGAAACCCCCCACAAAACAACAAAAGAAAUCAAAGAAAUUGAGAAGAAAAGAGUUGCUGCUUUAAAAAGACUAGAAGAGAUUGAACGUAUUUUAAAUGUGGAAGAAAGAUCCUUCCAGAGAGCAGAUCUAGAACAGCCAGACUCGUUGACAAAGGAACUGCAUUUCACUUCUAGACUGAGGGGUCCUUGCCUUAUACUUCACAUAAGAUACAAUAACUUACUUGUCAUGAAGAUAACUGUUCGCCUUCUUGUGAGUAAAGACUUUGCUUUAAAGUCACGCCACCUUUGCAAGCUGGAUCCUGAGCCCCUGGCUUCCUCAGAAAGUAGGAGUGGUGGUAUCUGUCUCUCUGGGCACGAAGACGACGGGAGAACACAUGAGGAAGGCGCACUCUGAGUUCACCUUUAAGACAGCUCAAGGUUAUCUACUCCCUUUUGAGGAACUUUACAGAACAAACAGCUCUGCCUCUCUGGGUCUGUUCUAGACCUGUCAUAUAAAAUAUUGAAAAUUUUUAAUUACUUACUCUUUCUAUUAUGGAAAAUAUUUUCACCAUGAUAAUUUCUAUUUUAACACAGUUGGAACGCUAAAGGAAAGCAAAGAUUAUAAAAUUUAUUAAAGUUUGUGUGUUAGUAUUCUAUUACUGCCAUAACAUAUUACCACCACUAUAAUGACGUAAAGCAACGGAAAUUUCUUAUCUUGCAGUUCUGUGGAUCAGAAGUCGAACAGAAGCCUGAGUCUCACUGGGCUAAAAUCAAGGUGUUGACAGGGCUGUGUUCCUGUCUGGGGAUUCUAGGGAAGAAUUCAUUUCUUUGCCUUUUCCAGCUUUUAGAGGUCACUGCAUUCCGUGCCUUGUGCUCCCCUUCCUCCAUCCCCAAAGCCAGCAAUGUUGGGUUAAGUCCUUCUCAUGUUGCAUCUCACCGAUCCUUCUGUCUGUUGCAUCUCUCUCAUCACAGCCAAGAAAGGGUCUCCAUUUUUGAAAGAUUCACGUGAUUAUAUUGGGCCCCCACAUCUACAAGACACCGGCUUUGUUUUCACAUAUGAAACUUUAAAAAUUAUAGUUAACUGUACUAAAAAACCCCUACCUUCAAUCUAUUUCUGGUAUUAAAAGAUAGCAAGCUCGGGCUUCCCUGGUGGCGCAGUGGUUGAGAGUCCGCCUGCCGAUGCAGGGGACGGGACGCGGGUUCGUGUCCCGGUCCGGGAAGAUCCCACAUGCCGCGGAGCGGCUAGGCCCGUGCGCCAUGGCCGCUGAUCUACGUCCGGAGCCUGUGCUCCGCAACGGGAGAGGCCACAACAGUGAAAGGCCCGCGUAUGGCAAAAAAAAAAAAAAAAAUAGAUAGCAAACUCAGUCUCAAACCUGAUCCCUUUCCUUGAAGUCUUCAAGCAAAUACCUGAACAUGAUACUGCACAUGUUAUUCCUGGUCAAGGACUCUUGUGGAAGUUUGCCUGUAGUUCUGAAGAUAGAUUUAGGCUAAAAGUCCAAAGAAGACCACAGAGAGGAAGAAAGUAGAGUCAAUGGAAGAAGCCAGGUGAAGUGUCGGUUCAUAACAUCAACACUUCAUGACACUCAGAAGUUUACCUCAACUAUGAAUUUUACUCUGUUUUUUCUCUUGGCAUAGAUCAGCUAGUACUAGUAGAAAUGUCUUUGCAAUGUGGAUGGCAGAUAUAAUAGGAAUUGGUGGCUUCAAAGGUGGAACUUUAGAUUCCAGUUCUUCUUUAUGUUUCUUGAAGCUAGUGCCGCUUCAAAUUGCUCACCUGUACUAUACACUAUAUAAUACACUCAUACUGAAUAGUAUAUAUAUACUAUAUGCACUAUAUACCUCCUCUAUAAAAACAAUAAGAAUAAUAAAAUGUACAACUCUUCAGGAGUACAAAAUAUUAUGAUGGGUAGCCAAAUUUAAUAACUACCAUAGAGCACCAUGUUUGAGUGAGGUAUUAGAUUAAGCACUUGAUAUUAUCUAAUUUAGUCCUCACAAAAAACUUAUCAGGAAGACAUUAGUUGUCUUCACUUUAUAAAGGAGGAAAUCAAGGCAACUUUCUCUAGGUCUCACAGCUAAUAAGUGGCAGAGCCCAAAUUGAAUCCAGGUUUACUUGGCGCCAAAGUUUUUCCUCUUACAUGCUAAUCAGUGUGGUUACAUUUAAUAAUAAUGAAACUUCUAAUAACACAUUAUUCCAAAUUUCACUUUCAGGUCAGCUGGAACACUACUUAAGUUCUAAUUUUUUUUGUCACUUUAGUCUUUCACAUUUACUCUUUGGUAUCUACUGAAAUUUUAACUCAAAAUCAUCUGAUGUGAGCAAAUUUUUACUGAGCCUGAGAACAAAAGUGUGAAGGAAAUUUCUAGUUAAAUAUUACAGGUGAAUUCUUGUUUGCCCUCUCUGUUUCCAAAACUAUUGUAAAGGAAUAACAAUGUAUAAAUUAGAAGGGCAAAAGGAAUGGGAGAUGAUGUAACAUAAAAUAUGUCAACAAAUUUUUGAAUAUGGAAAGCUGACAGAUGAAUUGGUAACUGAUUUAAUCAAAGAAGAAAAAGCAGAAAUCUGUUUUUGUAGAGAGAGAUGUCAAAUGACACAAGAGGAUAAGUGUCAUAGAACCAUAAAGAUUCAGGAAUCAGAGACAUUAGGUACCCAAGAAGAUACAAAGAUUGUUUGAAAGUCUCUUUAAGAUGUAGUUAGGCAUCUUGAUUUCAUCCUUACCUUUUGCUAGUAUCUACCUUCCUGCAUCCUGGUAUUAAAAAUAAAUUUGUUGUCUGGAGAAAUUGAAUUCAACGGCACUAGACUUAGAGACAUAUACUAAAGAUUUGAUGAUUAAUUGAAAGUAUACAGAGUGAACUGUGAGACCCCAACCCUCUUCCCAUAUUUAGCUUCAAGAAUACUGACAGCUAAGCCUAUGCCAUCCAUAACAUGCAUUCCUUAGUCAAAGAUUGGAGCAGUACUUUCUGAGGAAACAGACCAGUCUAAAUGGAAAACCUCACAGAUACUAUGAUUUGAAGAUCCUAAAACAAGCAUCUACAAUCACCACGUGAUCUAACUGCCCAAUCAACACAUCUCACCCCUGGACAUACAAUAUCCAGUCAGCAUUUUAGGGCUUCAUUCUUAAGUAUGAAUAAAUAGCCAAGAAGGAGGAAGAGGCAAGAUUUUCUAUGACCUUUCGGUGCAUAUAUAUUGUGUUCUAUUAUGUUCAUGUAUCUCAAAGUGCUCUUAUGAGCAAAACAAAAAUAUCAUCAACACACCUGAUGCAGACAUUGAAUGCCUGCCUGAAAGUUGAUUAUCUAGCUCAUUCUGCACUGCGUUUCAAAGAAUUGCUUCCUUGUACCUUCUUCCACCAUCCACCAUUCACUGUCAAGUCUACUCUUCCUCCCUUGGUGAGUACAGUAAAUGUUUAUUUUAUUAAUAACAUUUUAUUAAAUGUUUAUACUAUUGGGUGGGCCAAAAAGUGCCUUCAGUUUUUAAAUUAAAAAUAAAAGACAUUUUUCAUUUCACCAAGAACUUUAUUGAACAAUGUAUUCACUCUUUUGUUCUACUACCUUCUGCUAUUUUUCAGGCAACUUCAUAAUUCCAUCUUCCCAAAACUUUUUAUCUUUUUGAGCAAGGAACUGUUCCAGGGAAGACUUUCAGUCUUCCAGGGAAUUGAAAUCUUUUCCCUUAAGAGAAUUUUGUAAAGACCGAACUAAAUUGAAAGCCAAAGGUACAAUGUCUGGUGAAUACGGCGGAUGAAUCAGAACUUCCCAGCCAAGCUGUAACAGUUUUUGCCUGGUCAUCAAAGAAACAUGCAGUCUUGUGUUAUCCUGAUGGAAGAUUAUGUGUUUUCUGUUGACUGAUUCCGGACGCUUUUCAUUGAGUGCCGCUUUCAGUUGGUCUAAUUGGGAGCAGUACUUUUUGGAAUUAAUCGUUUGGUUUUCCGGAAGGAGCUCAUAAUAGAGGACUCCCUUCCAAUCCCACCAUAUACACAACAUCACCUUCUUUGGAUGAAGACCGGCCUUUGGUGUGGUUGGUGGUGGUUCAUUUCCCUUGCCCCGCGAUCUCUUUCAUUCCACAUUGUUGUACAAUAUCCACUUUUCAUCACCCGUCACAAUUUGUUUUAAAAACGGAACGUUUUCAUUACGUUUCAUUAGAGAAUUUUAUGCGGAAACAUGGUCAAGAAGGUUUUUUUCACUUAUGUGGAACUCAAACAUCAAAGCGAUUCACAUAACUAAGCUGGUGCAAAUGAUUUUCAGUGCUUGAUUUGGAUAUUUUGAAUAUGUCGGCUAUCUCCCGUGUGGUAUAACACUGAUUGUUCUCAAUUAUUGUUUCAAUUUGAUCGCUAUCAACUUCAACUGGUCUACCCAACCAGCAAGAAAUCUCCGGCAUGAAACUUUGCAAACCACUUUUUUUUUUUUUUUUUUUUUUUUUUUUGCGGUACACGGGCCUCUCACUGUUGUGGCCUCUCCCAUUGCGGAGCACAGGCUCCGGACGCGCAGGCUCAGCGGCCAUGGCUCACGGGCCCAGCCGCUCCGCAGCAUGUGGGAUCUUCCCGGACCGGGGCACGAACCCGCGUCCCCUGCAUCGGCAGGCGGACUCUCAACCACCGCGCCACCAGGGAAGCCCGCAAACCACUUUUGACACGUUUGAUCAGUCACAGCACCUUCUCCAUACACUGCACAAAUCUUUUUGUGCAUUUCAGUUGCAUUUUUACCUUUCUUGAAAUAAUAAAGCAUAAUAUGAUGAAAAUGUUGCUUUUUUUCUUCCAUCUUCAGUAUGAAAAUGGCUACACAAAAAUUCACCAAUUUUGAUGUCUUUUUUAAAAUGCACACUGAUAUGACAGCUGUCACAUACUAUCUAACAAAAUUGUUUCAAAUGAAGUUAAAGACAACUAAGUGCUACUAGAGCCAUCUUACGGAAAAAACGGAGCGAACCUUUUGGCCCACCCAAUACAUUUUACAUUUAUUCAUUUUCAAAUUGUUAUAUUUUAGUUAUAUAAACAUUUUUAUUGCUCAAUUGAUAUAUCUGUGAAAAUCAUAUGUGUAUUUUGGAUUGGGAAAGAAUGUAUCAUCAUUUUCCCCAUUAAAUUAAUGGGACUAGUUUUUCAUUUAACAACUGUUUACUUAGCAACAGGGUUCUCAGAAAUAAACUAAAACUGUUAAUUGGGGGAUAAGUGUAUAAUAAAGACAUUU